UAUAUUUCGUUGAAAAUGAUCCCAGUCUUAAAUCAACUACUCAAGACUAAACUUGUAGUAAAGUGCUUUAAACGCCACGUUACCUUAUCACCAUUAUCGGGAAAUAAAUUUAUUUUGAGAAAAAUGGAAAACAACAAGCCGAAAAUUAUUUUUGUUCUUGGUGCUCCUGGUGCUGGCAAGGGUACUCAAUGCGAAAAAAUUGUUAAUUCCUUUGGAUUCAAGCAUUUAUCAGCAGGUGAUUUGUUGAGGGAAGAACGAGCACGAGAAGGAUCACAAUUUGGAUCCCUAAUAGAGGAUUGCAUAACAAAUGGCAAAAUUGUUCCAGUAGAAAUAACAUGUAGUCUUUUAGAAAAUGCCAUCAUCAAAACGAAUCAGGAAACGGGUAACAACAAAUUUCUUAUCGAUGGAUUUCCCCGAAACGAAGACAAUUUGCAAGGAUGGCAAAGACAAAUGUCUGAAAAGGUCGAUUUUCUUUUCGUUCUUUUCUUUGAAUGCUCUCAGGAUAAGUGUGUUGAGCGAUGUUUAAAGCGAGGUCAAGCAGGAAGUGGUCGCACUGACGAUAAUAUGGAGAGUCUUAAAAAACGGUUUGACACUUACAUGAAUGACACAAUGGCGAUUAUAAAUCAUUAUCGCGGCCUCGGUAAAGUCAGGCAGAUCUUUGCAAAUGAAGAUCCCGAAACUGUUUUCAAGUCUGUCAAAAAUGCCUUGACCGAAGCUCAAGAGCAGAAACUAUUUUAAAAUUUUUAUUUGCUGUAACAAGAGAUCUGCUAAAGAAGAAAACACGCAAACGAAUAUUAAGUCAUUCCAGCAAACGGAUUUAUUCUACAUGACGCUUGUGGUACUAAUAGCAACCACUAGAGAAAUUAAGAAACGACAGGAAUAAAGUAUUAGGUUUAAAGUUCAAAUUGCACUACGCUACCAUCCUUGUACUACUGUUUCACUAUCUAGGAUACCAAUGUUAAAAAUAAGGUGGAAUACUGAAGAUUUGGAUAUAUAAGCUUAGUGAUGUGAAGAAAAUUCACAACUUUAUUCCUAUUUUAUUAAUAAGCUUCAAAUUAUUUUUGCACUUCCCCUUCUAUGUAAAAAUGAUUUAGAUAGAAAUUAUCUAAACUUGUUCUUUAAAGGCUUAUUCUUUUAUCCUAGCAACAAAUCAAGAAUGUUAAAUGAAUAAUUUAAUGUUUUGUUCCUACUUUAGGUUUUUAAUUUCAUAAAUGUAAUAGUUCAUUGUGUUGGUUUGACUAAAGAUGUUUUAGGAAAGUUGUAAAUUAAAGUUGAUUAAAUGGUAAAUAAAGUUAUAAAAAAUGAAAAGGUAAAAUUUCAUUUCAUUUAUUCCAUGAACAUAUCACGGAU